UUCUUCUCUUUUUCCUUUUUUCCUCUUCCUCGUUUAUUAUUUGUGUCAUCUUUUUCUAUCCAAUAUAUGUUAUAGCUAAAUUAUUGAGCACAAAAAUUUUUUAUAUACAACACAAAUUGUGGUGGCGAGCACAUAAUUUUUUAAAAAAUCACAAAACUAAAAUAUUGAUUUAUCCAAUCAAAUGCAAUAAAAUUAUUGAGCACAAAAAUUUUGAUACACAAUACAAAAAUUUACGGUGAUUAACGAAAUUUUUAUACAUCAAUUUAAGAAUUUUGUUUUCUGUAAACUUUUAUGUGUGAAUCACUAUUAAGCUUGUCAAUUUUUGAAUUCUUUAAGACGAGGAUUGAAUCUUUUUAUUUCAUCACUCUAUUUACUUAGUAUGAUGUACUAGAAUUUAGUUUUUCUUUUUUUUUUUUGUAUUACGUGCAAAAGUUUUUGUGUUAUAUUAGUAAGUUUAUGUAUUUUUUAACAAAAAAUUAUGUGUUUUUUUUUUCAUCAUAUGCUACUUCAUCAUUUUCUUCUCUUUUUUAUUUUUUCUCUUCAUAUUUUUUUACUUCACCUACUCAAGAAGAAUAAAAAAUGAAAAGAAAAAAAAUAAAAUAAAGAAGAAGAAAAAAAAAUAAAACAUUUACGAGAACACCGGAAGGAUGAAAAAGAAAUUUAAGGAAAAAAACGCAAUAGCGGCUGUAAUACAAGAAGGAGGAGGAGGAAAUGCAAAAAGAAAAAGAAAGCGCAUGACAGUUUUAAGUCCAAUCUGCCUAAUUUGGGAGUUGAGCCAUAGAAACUCUAAAUUGAAACCGGAUUAAGUUAAAAGUUUCAAAUGUAUGUUACAUAAUUGAUUGGGUUAAUUGGCUAAUAGAUUCAAAUUAAGUUAGAUAAUAUAAGUUUUUAAGUUAGAUAAUAUUAAUUAUUGGUCAUAUAAAUAUGUAUAACUAAUUCCUAUUAGUUAUACAUUUAUCUCUACGGAGACGCUACAAAUUUGUUACAAAAUGAGUUACUAUGAUAUAACAUUUUCCACUUGUGUUAAUAAGAAAAUAAAAAUGGUUGAGAGUUUCAAGUAUUAAAUUAUGACGCAAGAAAAGAAAAAAAUUUAUGUUUAACCACAUAUUAUUAAUCAAAUCGUUAUAUGUAAGCAAUAAUAAUGGAGAAUAACAUACAUAAUUCUAACUUCCCAGUAGUGUUAAUAGCAAUAAAGUGACGUAGUGAUUUGCUUAACCUUUUUGUCAAACGCUAUAUAUUUUUGUCACUUUUUCAUGUUUUUUGGUAUUCCAUUAACUUAAUAUAUUGAGGGAAUACCGAUUUUUAAGAGAAUAAUGGAAUUGAUAGAGAAAGUAGUUGUUUAUCCCGAGCAAUCCACUCUUAAAAAGCGAAUUUUCUUGUCCAAUAUCGACUUAUGUCUUGUUGUUUACCAGGACACUGUCUUCUUCUUUGAUCCUCCAACUAGCGAAAUGAGUUUUUCUGAAAUUUUCAACAAAUUAUGCAAUGCAUUUGGUAAAUUGCUUGUGCAUUAUGACUUUAUGGCUGGCCGACUUGUGCAAAGUUUGGAGGACAGUCAUCGGUUUGAAAUAGACUGUAAUGAUGCUGGUAUUGUGGUUAUUGCUGCAAGAACUGAUAGAAAGUUGAGUGAAUUUGGUGAUAUUUUUGCACCUAAUCAAGAUUUAGAGGAAUUGGCUAUGUUCCUCCAAGGAAAACAGGAAGAAGAAAUCGACUUGAAAGAGAAACCCCUUUUAUCGGUACAGUUGACGCAAUUUGCUUGCGGGAGUUUGGCAUUAACUGCUCACUACAAUCACUGCACACUAGACGGUUUAGCAGUAAGAGAUUUCGGGGCAAACUUGGCUGCAUUAACACGUGGUGAUUCCCUAAUCGUAGUUCCUUUUACAGAUAGGACAUUGCUAAGAGCAAGAAACCCACCAAGGAUUAGUUACCCACAUUUUGAGUAUGGAAAAGCUACAAACAUUGAAAACUUGUUUAGUGUUCGUGGAACAAGUGGUGGCAUUAAUGUAAGACAAAAUGUGACACAAAACCAAAUCCAGAUUCUUUAUUUGUCUCCACAGCAAAUUGCCAGCUUUAAAAUGAAAGCUAUUAAGGAUUGUAACUUAAAGAAUGUGACUACUUUUCAUGUUGUUGCCGGUAAAAUAUGGAAGGCGAGAACUAUUGCGAUAAAGAUGUCAGAUGAUCAAGUGUCGACAAUGUUGUUUCCUGUGGAUAUUAGGAAAAGAGUUUCUCCAGAACUUCCAUACGGCUUUGCAGGCAAGGAUGAAAUACAUAUGAGAAUAUUUUUAACAAAAAAAUGUUAUGAGUACAUAAAAAAUAAUCAUUAUAUAAAAUUUACCAAAUCAGCAAUUAAGUAUUUAUGCAAUGCUUUGGUUCCUGGAUUUGCAAGAGCAACUGUGAAGGAGCUCACAGAAUUAGAGGAUGCUUAUCAUAUCAUAAAAGUACAAGAAGGAAUUGAAAGGUUGGAUGACGAGUAUAUUAAGUCAAGCAUAGAUUGGUUAGAAUUGAACAAAGGAGUGCCUCGUAGGGAAGAUAGUUUCUCAUUGGUUUCAGGGUUGAGAUUGGGGAUUGGGGACCAACAUUUUGCAUGGGGUAAACUAAAAUGUUCAACACCACUUACUGUUAAGCCAGGUCUAGUCAUGCUAUUACCAGCAGCACCAGGUGAUGGAGGUCUUAAUGUCUGUCUGGAUUUACUAGAAGAUCAAAUGUACAUAUUUCGUAGGAUAAUGCUGGAAUUCUAA